GCUUCCACGUGUACAGGAAGAGUCUGUCGAUUUCACUCCCAAUGUGCGGCGUGGAACUGUGGGCAUCACUGUGAGCUUCAUGUCAAUUUGUUUCCAGAACGAGACUUUGGCACGAGUGCUGGCACGGGAUGAUCGCGUGCGCUGUCAGUGAGAACUCGUGCGGUAUCGUCGUGCUGUGUCUGCUUCCAGUGAUGUUGCCAUGACGACAGAGGGUGGAAGUGAAAUCUUUUGCCUCUUUUUCGUGCCACUGAAGUAGCUGGUGUAGCAUAAAUCUGACCCUUUUGAAUAAUAAUUAAAUUAUAGCAAUACUGAAUAGGUAAGUUGAGAGAAUUGUCAGGUUGGCUUUCAGGAUAAAGCAGUUACUUGCAGUUGCACUAUGAACAUGACUUAGGCACCCAAAGUCUCAAAACGAGCUUGAUUUUCAGAGGGAAUUCGUAGCGUCUAACAACGGUCCUUUUCAGCUGGCUGCUAGAGGCACAGAGGUGCGAGAAAUCGAGGCGCCGUGGGAGAAAGCAGCUUCCUGUGAAGGACGGUCCGCGCAAAGGCGGCUUCCAUGCAGCACCGCUUCCCUGGGUGCCGUUACCCGUCCUCCGGGCUCACGUGGUCGACGGCGGCACCUGGCUUUCAUCUCCUCCCCAUCCGUUUCCCUGUCGUGCUUCAGCUCUGUACCCGCUGCUCUGUCAGCCUCUGACACGCUCCGCCGGAAGCUGCACUGCGAAACUUGAGAAAGGAGCUUGGAAAAGAGCCAAAGGCUGUGAUCUCCGUGCCGUCGGGAUGACCCCCAGCCCAAUCCCAGCACGUCCUUACAAGCCUCCCUGCCAUCCGUCUGGUUGGAAUGGGAUGAGGUCAUAGAGAAGCCCGUCUGCUUCUCCCCAGUGAUAAAUAUCACUCAGUCGAACGGUUCUGACACGAAUCCCUGUCUGUCUUUAGAAAAAUGCCCUUCUUCCUCAGUGGUGUGUGCAACGUGUCCUAGAAUUUGGGGCAGCUGCUCAACAGAAAUGUAUAUAAACGUAUGGAACUGAAGUGUAUAAUACACGGCUUGAGUCUAACUCACUUCAAGGCAGCUUUACUUCCAAAAUCGGUUUAAAUCGUCUCACCGCAUGGGUCAAAUAUCCAAUUACAUUCAGUGCAGUUCAGGAACACUUCAAAAUCUGGGUCAGUUCCGACUGCUGCAUAUUUAAAUAUUAAUAUAGUCGGGUGGCUUAUGUUCGUCAUCUGAGUUUGCACCCGAUUAUUUAUAUUAAUUGUGUUGCACAGUCGACAAACCCAUGAUAUUAAUCAUCUGAGAAUGUAAAUUAUAUUUAAAUAUUACAAUAAACCUUAAUAAUAACAGAAAUCAACCUUUUGCACCACAAUUAAAUGACUGAUCCAUCUUUUACACAUACUGACAUAGAUGUACCUCUCCUUCGCGUCAUUUGCCAAAGUUGCAGCUCUUCCAAAAGAUAAGGAAAAUUUUUGCCCGACGGGCUUAAACUAAGAAUCAUGUGUAGGUGUCGUUUUACAGGCUUAGUGAACAGAAUAAUCAAACCGCGGUACAACGAAAAUAAAGCCUAUAGAUCGCGGUGUUACUGAGGGCAGGUUACUGGCGUGACCUGGGUCCGGCUGAGUCCCAGCACGCGUGCGCGCGCGCGGGCGCACACACACGUGUCUUAGGGACACGCUUUGCUGGCUAAAUAAAGAAUCCUGCUACUUUUUCACCAGCAGCCAAUCGAAUUAAUAAUGAAUGUACUGCUGCGAGAAUAUGGAAAGGAGCCCCCUGUGAUAAUCAAUACGGUGUUGAUAGAUCGUUGGGGUAAUUACAGCUAAGGAGUUGGUUUGCAGAGGAAGAGUUGAAAUGGAGGAGGUGUGGUUGAGAAUGUGGUAUUUCAUAAAUAACAAUCGCUAUAAGCCUACAGUUGCGCAUUUAUCAUUCAAAGCUUAAUAAACAUGAAAUUCUAGUGGGAUUUUUUUUCUUGAACUAUACAUAUGAAUAUAUGAUAUUUGUGGCGAUACAAUAGUUAAUUGUAUUAUGAGAGCUUAACAAAGAAAAUUAAAGUAUACAUUUGAGCCGCCUGGCUGUUUUCUUUCCUGUGAUGCCGUUUUCCCAUUGUGUUGUUGUACUUACUGUGGUGUUAUAAUUAAUAUUCCGUUUUUAUGCCAGAAGUCUCAGGCACAUGAUUGUUGAUGUUUUCCAGUUGGCUGUAGGCUGGUUUGAAGGUGAAGGAUUCUGCCAUUAUUUGUUGUUCAGCAUCUAGUUUUUUUCCGACACCCCCCGCCCCCCAGUCAUUUUCCACCUGGGAUCCAGCUGACUGUAUAUCUGCAGCCCAUAAACAGGACACUCAGAACUAUGAGGAACCCCCCCCCCAAGAUUUGUGAUCUUUAGAUGGAUAUGGGACCGCAAGCUGUUUUAGUAAAUUACCCUUCAUUAAAGGAAGCCUUUCUGCUGCUAACCCUUAUGGUGAUUCUUAAAGAGUAGGGCUCCUGCACACCUGGAUACAGCAAUUACUCAGUGGAUAUUGAGUAAUUUCACUGUUGUAUCUACAAAACGUUCUUACUACGUGUUGUUGGUGUGUUUCUUACUAAGGCAGAGUAAUGGUCAGUGGUCUUUUUGACCAUUGGUCUGAUUUUGAACCAGCUUGCAGUGGAGAUAAAGGUGAAACAGUUCUAUUUCCAUUUUUUAAAUUGGGUUAGAGAAUGUAUCCAGAUAUGCAUGUUCUUUUAGCCACUCAACCAUGUACAGUACUUCGAACCAAACCCCAGUCACAGUCUUAUGUUCUUUUACAUGCUGUUUUUCCAUUGUCAUUUUUUUAUUAAUUAGUAGAAAGUAACAAACCAAGGUGAAAAUGAAAUCAGGCAAAGAAUUGCAACUAAAAAGAAAUCGACUUGACCUUGCCGAAAAGGAAUUCAGGAAUGUUCGCUAGAUCCUCCUAAGAGCACUUUCCCUGUCCGCUUCCGAAACGGCACUCGAGUCCAGGCAGUGAAGAAGACCAUGGUUCCCAAGCAACUCUGGCUGCAUCUUCUGCUCCUCACCACGCUGCUGUCCCUCCUGGCUUUCUCAGAUGUUUCAAGUGAGAGCAAGCUAUUAAAAAUCUUGGCUAAAAGAGAAGCAUCUCAAGAACCUAAGCCCAUGGCGGUGGCUGUCUCGCCGCACGAUGCUGCCGGCUUCUUGGUGAGGAGGCCGAAAAGAAACGUGUGGGACCGCAGCCGACCUGACGUGCAGCAGUGGAUCAUGCAGCUAAUGCACAUGGGCUAUGAUGAGGCGAGAUUAGAGACUGACCUGUCCUACUGGAUGGACUACUCUCGUGCUCAUGACCAGGGACGUCAGCACCAUUAUGAUGAGAACGCCCCGAUCGGACCCCGGGACUCCGCUUCUUUCCGGCAUGGUGCCAACGUCAACUAUGACUACUACUAACAACCCAUGUGUACUAAGGAACAACAUGUAAUGAGUAGAGAGCCCAUGCAAUGCUGUCAUUGUCAAUAAUCGACAUUAUUAUAUGCAUCUUAACAUAGAAAUCUGCAAUAUGUACAUCGUACUGUAACCAUUCUAAAUAAAGCUUGGAAU